UGGAGUGGAAAAGGGAUAAGCCUUAUCUCUCUUCUCUGUUCACAACGAAUUCAUUCCGAACCCUGAAGCGAUAAAACAAACUGUCACGGUAAGAAACCGAGCGAGCGAUAAUGGCGAAGAAGGGAAAGAAGCAACUCAUGUCUUCGGCGCCAUGGAGAGGCGAUGACGACACCGAACAGUUCCCUGAUGCUAACCUCAAAGUCACCCGUCAACAGGAUGAUACUUCAACUAUGCAUGUUCCUCGCUCCAAAUCCAGUAAUCAUAAUCAUGAUGAGGAUUUGAUUGAAAUUGAUCCCGAACUUCGUUACAGUUUCCAACGCAAUUUUCAGUUUAUUCAGCGUGUUUUUAGCAUUGACACUGUGGUGAAACCUCUCCCACCCGUCAUGGCUUACAAUGUCUCUCGCAACUUGAACUUCUUCACACGCAUUUUCACUCAAUUCUUUGAUCCUGAAGGCAUUGCAGCUGCCCAGAAAUCCAUGGGCAUGGGACAGGAAGACAGAGAUCGAAGAGUUCGUUGAAGAUAAUCGUGGAAGGCAUCAUAAAAUAAAUAAAAGUAAUAUGUGAUUUUGCAUGGGUAGUAGAAUGUGUGGUUGAUAUCUCUAGCAGACAAUGAGCAUGAAAGAUUGUCUGUUUAUGUGCAUGAGGAAGUUGAGGCGUCCAUCUAUCAACAGUCAUGUUUGAUUGGAUCACUUCUUAGUUAUAGAUUGUUAUAUUAUGAAGGAGAGACAAAUGUGUUUCUUAAUUAUUUU